GAACUGGAAAGCCCCUGACAGAAGCCUCAACAGCCAGCAGCGGAUGAGGUGUCUGUUCAAGAAAACUUUAUUUGCCACUGUCAAUUAACUAGGACAGAUAUUUUAUUCUUGUGUCGAUACCUCCAGUGGUAAAUAUACAAUAAGCUUCUGUUUGUCGCAAUAUUAUUAUUAUUUCAACAGCUAAACGAAUGCUAGAUGCAUCUUAUUUGGUGCUAGCUGAAUUUAGCAGGCUAGCUCUUUGUGUGGCUAGCUGUUGGCUGAGGAUGUUUUGUUGAGUCGAGUUGCCCUCCGGUCGUCUGGGGUCGGAGAUUCAUUGCGGUGAAUGCAAGAAAAAGCGCAUUCUUGUCGCUUGUUAGUACUUUCGUAACGUCAGUGAAAUUGGACCGUGACAUUUGCUGCUCGGGAAACGACAGAAGAAAGACAGAAAGAGACGAUAGAGUUUAAACGAAGAGGAAGGAGAUGGGAAACUGUCUUAAAUCUCCGACCUCGGAUGAUAUUUCGUUGCUACACGAGUCCCAGUCGGACCGGGCCAGCUACGGUGAUGGUACUGACCAUGACCAGGAGCCACCGCCCCCCUACCAGGAACAGAUCCAUAUCCCCAUCUAUCACCCCACACCCAGCCAAGCCAGGCUGGCCACUCAGCUGACAGAGGAGGAGCAGGUCCGGAUCGCUCAGAGGAUUGGACUAAUCCAGCAUCUACCCAGGGGCGUGUACGACCUUGGACAGGACGGCUCCGAGAAGAAGAUUAGAGAAUGCGUCAUCUGUAUGAUGGACUUUGUGUAUGGAGACCCCAUCCGGUUCCUGCCCUGCAUGCACACCUACCACAUGGACUGUAUAGACGACUGGCUGAUGAGGUCUUUCACCUGCCCCUCCUGCAUGGAGCCUGUGGACGCUGCUCUGCUCUCCUCCUACGAGACCAACUGACACACUCAUAUAGGGCACACCGGGUAUGGUUGUAACACCCUUUGCUUCAGCACCUGUAACUCACUGAAUUUUUGAGCUAGAGCUCUCAAACCUUUACACAAAGUACCCACAUUUGUUUACUACAAAUGGCACCGAUUCUAACAGACCUGGUGAGUUGAUGUCAAAUACAUGGAGUUCCUGUGUCGUGGGGUGGGUUGUAACAGUUAAACCUUGUGGCCUGUGUAAGGCUGGUGGACUCCUGGUCUCCUCAGUGACAGGCUGGGGUUCUGCUUCAUAAAGAAUGUGAACCAGUCAGGCCCUGCCAUCUGCUUCCCAUCCCAUGUUUGUGGGUGUUUGAUGUUAUAUAUUACUGCCAGUUGAUAUGCAUAUUUUCUGACCUAAAAGAAAGUGGAAUCGAAAACCUGAGAACAUAGACACAAAAGUUUUUCCAUUUGUCUGGCACCUGUGCUAGUAUUCAAUUCUUCUCUGGUCUCCAGUGACUAACCUGUCAUAUGCUCACCUCACGUGGAGUCAGUCCAUAAUGCAGGUCUGCAGCCUGAGUCCAAUAGUCAGCCAACACUUCCUCCUGCACCUCAGAGUAACCUACACUGGGAAGAUCACUUUGUCCCUGUUCUCUCAGCUUCUGCAGUGAUUUGCAGUGUCUGCUCUGUGUCACAUGGCAGAUCCCAUGUGCCUUUGCAGCUGAUCUGACUGACUUGCCCUUCUCUGUGACCUCAUCAGAUUCUUUUUUUAAAAACAUUUGCAGGCACACCUCUGUCAGUCUUUCUUGUCCACUGCCUAAGCAUUCUGUUAAAUAUAUUCAAAUUAAGAAAGUGUUCUUAGUUGUAUGUAAGGGGAUGGUUGGAACACAUCCAUCCCCACACCUGUCAGCCACUGUAUUAACAUAGUGGUUUGAAAUUAGCAGAGGUAAAAUGCAUCACAUUUUGCCUGAGAAACUACAAUUUAAUCUAAUGUAAGUCAUAUUGUUUAUGUACAAUAGUAUAAGUAUGAAACUAAAUAUAGUCUUGGUCAUAAAAUGUACUUUCUUACCUCUAAAUCCAUUUUUUUUUCUGUAUAGAAUCGGCAUGCGCCUGUUUACAGGCUUGACAACCACCAUGUAGGAUCGGGGUCGGAGUGGGUAAACACUGAAAUGAUCAUAUAACUCCUAUCUUAUCCCUGAUUGGUGGAAUUGGUGUUGUUACACCUCUCCCCAUGUUACAACCGUACCCGGUCUCCCCAACUGUACAAACACGUGCUCCGAACACCUGUCUACCAGGCAAAUACACACAAACACCCUCUCACACACACACACACACACACACAUUCAGUAUGCACACUGUAUCCUGAAUUAGUAAGGGGUUGUUGUCAAAGUGUUGAUUAUGUCAAAGACGUCUGGUGAUCUCUGAUGUUUGAAUAUGUGUGUGCACGUGGGCAUGUUCUCUUUAUGUGUGUCUUAAUGUACGUGUGUACAGCUAACCUGCUGGACAGGAUUCGCAAAAGUUUUGGACAAUGAAGAGGCAGCGGUGGACGCAUGGGACAAUUGUUAUGGAUGAGCAUGAAGACACCUACGAACUCAGCCAGGCACAUGGAACAUGAAAAAAAAACAAACUGUUAACUGGUAUAAUGAAGUAAGAUGUGCUUUCACAAAGAUGGCGACACCAAACACGAGACUAACACCUUCUGCUCUGCGUUUUUGAAAUGAACUGUGACAGAGCGAGGAGAGGAGUGUGGCGUUCGCAGCGUAUCUGUGGUGCUGCUGGCGCCGGAUUACGAUAACGACAGAAGGAAUAGAAACAAAAGGAUUGGCUCACUUCCUGCACACACACACACACACAGCCAUGACUACUAGGUGUGGACACGAGACGGUGGACGUCAGAUGUAUUUGACAGACACACCACAGGAAGAAGCAGAAAAACCCAAGGUAGUUUGUUGGUUUGAUCAAUUGUCCAGUGACUCUGUAAAAAUCAGUUUUUGUUUGUUUUUUCAGUCAGCAUAAGGGCUCAAUCGUACCAGUGUUUACUCACAACACACACACACACACACACACGAUGAAGGUAAAGACAGUUUCUUUGCAUCGGCCACUGAGGUGAUGGAUCUCUGACUGUUGUCGAACUCCUCAAACUCUUGACCUCGCAGGAAUUUACUGCAGUGACGGUGACACCUCUGAUUGUUGCCGACACCAGACACCAGACCAUUGACCAAUCAUUUAUAAGAAUCAGACACAUUAUUAUGAUGACCUGGAUGACUGAGAAUAUCCACAAAUAAAAUCAGAUCCAUUAUAUUUGCACUUUCAAUCAGCCUUGUGACAAGAGUUGACUAUUGUUUGAGCGUUUGCAUUCAGUGGCUGUGUACAAAUGAGUUGUGAGGGUUCGUUUUUAACCCAGACUUUCAUGGUCGUUACGUGUGUGGCUCAGGAGCGGAUGCAUAAUUUAUUACUGGUGUCUUUAAGCAAACUACUGAAUGUUGGUGCCCCUGUUACUGUCCUGGAAUCUUGACUUUGAAGGGCAGAAUUAAAUCAUACACAAAACGGA